UUUCACUAACACCGAGACGUUCUCGUCCAAACAUGCUUGUUUCAAAUUGGCUUUUAUUUUCUCUUUUCUUCUGUUCUCUAACCACUCUUUAUAUUCUCUCUCUUUAAUUCCAAUUCUGAAUCUUUUAUCUCAAAAAUCAUUUCCAUUUUUGAAUCCGCUUUAACCAUUUUAUAGAUAACGUUUCAAGCUUUAAGUAAAAAUUAUAUUCAUUUUUUCAGAAAAAAAACCUGAUAAUAUACUAACAGGAAUAAAUCGAUCUAAGUGACUGACCAUUUUAUAACUUUAGUCACUCUUACCAUUUUUUCUCUAAUACUUUAUGUUGUAUCCGAUAGAAUCUUCUUAAUCUUGUGGGAUAUAAAAUGCAUUCCUAUGACAUUAAAAACCCCAAUCUUUCAGUCGAAUUAAUACACGAGAUUGUUAAUUUUCUUCCAUUUGAUAUCAAGUGGGAGGAUUUUCGAGUCUCUUUAAUUUUCGAUUAUUUACUUUUAAAAAAUCAGCGUCAUUUUAUUAUUCUUUCCAAAUGUGUGAAAAAAAUUAUCAACAUCCUUACACAAAUAAGACAACAAUAUAGUGCGUUCUCAGUUUCUGUUGGUAUGGGCAAUCUGACUUACGAGACUCUUAAUACCAUUAAUGACAGAACCAACUACUCUUUCCAUUCCUUGAAAUUUAUAACGACAACAAUAUUAAAAUAUAAUUUCAAUUAUUUGGCUCUUAUUGACUCCUACCACUGGCCGCCAUCUUAUUUUCCUUUUGCUGGCAUACAAAUGUUGAGGGCCAAUGUUCAUUUAAAAUUAUUCAUUUUGGACCAAAUAAUGCAACUUUCUAUAAACACACUUCAAAAUAAUUUUCAAAUGACCGAGGUUGACGUUACUGCAGUCCGGCAAUUUCUCAAUGUUAUCGAAGCGGGUACACGAGAGAUAAACAUUUCAAUUAUGAACAAUAAUAAUGUUGCGCCUUAUUCAAACGCUACCGAUAUAUCAACUUAUUGUGUAAUUUCUAACGAGGAAGUAAGACGUGUUCAUUGCCAUCUUUUUCCAAAUUUGAAAGCAACUACUGGUAAAUUGGCCGAUUUUCUUCCAAAUGUUUGUUAUUUCUGCAUUGUUGCAAUUAAAAAGAUGGAAGAAAAUGAAGAUUUUAAACAAAUUUGUGCUGAAAGGUUAAAAUUGAAGACAAUUUUUGGGGUUAAAUUUGACGAGGAAUCUGAUGAUUUUAUUGCUGGAGCGCCUUGGGAACCUCGCAGUGUAUUUGUGCCUGUUCACCCAUUAUAUCCAAAGAGUGCGUUGCCGUGGUCUGAUCAAAACAAGGUAAUAAGCUCGGAAUGUGUUGUAAUUAAUGAUAAAGAAGUGUUUGUUGUACACCGACCUAAUCAUAAAGGAUUGAUUGGAUUUAUUAUUCCUGGCGAUUUUAUGUAUGUUGAUGGUCGUGUGCUUGGUUGUGAGCUCUACUUUUGUCGCUACAAUAUGGCUUACAUUGUUUACGGUUAUUAUCCUCAUCCUCUUGGAAAGGGCGGUCUUCGUGAAUUAGCCUGGUGUACUCCAAUGACGAUUGGUUCAGAGAACCCAAUGUAUACACAUUGGAAAGAUGGCGGUGUUAAAGAGUUUUUGGGCUAUGUCAAACUUUGUCGCUUCAACAACUUUUACUGCACUUUCUGCAUUCCUCUAAUUGUUGACCCAAAAAAUGUUUUGCAUGGAAGAGUUUUGCUUGGAGAUUCUAAUAAAAUGUAUCAACAAGAAAAGGAACAAAAUGUUGGAGUCAGAGUUUGGCUAAAAUUUAAUUCUGACAAGAAAGUUUUUCGUUGGGAAAUUACUGGAUUAUUUGAAGUAUUCAAAACAACAACAAAACAAUUACCUCUGUGGGCGAGGCCGUUGCCUAGUGAAUUGGAAGGUCCUAAACAUCAUGCCUUUACCUCUGUUGGUCUUAGAAUUAACCGUAAAGGAGCCGUCUAUUGCCCUCAUGUUUGCAAUUUUCCAAUGUUUAUCGACAGCAAAACAACAAAUAAAUCAAAAAUUAGUCUUGGAGAUUGGUUUAGUUUUAAUGCAAUAUUUGAUGAAAAAUCUAAAAUUUAUCGAAUCUCGAGUGUUAUAAAAUUGGUUCAGCAUCAAAAAUAUUUGUUCAAACAAAUUGAUGGAGAAGAGGACGUUUUUAUGUUCAAUAUUCCUUUAACUUCGAAUUAUUUUACUUCUCGGCAUUUACUGUUUAAUGAAGAAUUUGGGUUUGUUGAAGAUGUUGAUAAAAAAAUUAUUAUGUUUACAAUUGCUUUUGAAGAAACUCAUCCAGAUACUAAUGAAAGAGGUGUUUGGUGCAGAGAAAAUCCAGAUGUUGAGAAUCGUUUGGUGCCUUUUUGUGUUGUUGGAAUUGAAGAUCCUGCUGGAGUCAUUUUUUAG